AUGGCUGCCUCUAUUAAAAGAUUCAACACUCCUAUCUUAAAACCUUUAUGGCCAUUCUUUGUCGGUGGUGCCGUUGUCUUCUGGGCCGUUGGUAAAGCUGCUGAUGCCAGUUCAAGAACUAAAGAUUUCAUCAAUGAUCCUCGUAAUCCUCGUUUUGCUAGAGGUGAAAAACCAGUUGAAUUAAAAGAUUGA